UGAUAGGAAUCAUUGAAGAGACAGUGCCAUGUUCUUAAUGCAGAUAAAGAAUGACAUAGUAUGAUGGUUUGCUUCAGAAAAGAACGUCAUUACAAAAACUGAAGAUGUGCAAUGUAGAAACUCACUAAAAAAGUAAGCAGUGCUGCAUGAUGACAGUAAAGUCAAACCAGCUCUCUUCUAAUGUUAUUUGUGACUUGCAGCUGCACCGACGUGAAUCCAGCUGCAGCUCAGUGCACAGCCAGAACCGCCUGCUGUAACCGGGUCGCCCUGCAGCCCGUCAUCACAGACCUGGUGCAGAGUCUUUUGCCAAGGCUUAGUGGGAAGGUGGACGUCGUCCUCUUCAAUCCUCCAUAUGUGGUCACUCCAUCAGAAGAGGUGGGCAGCAGAGGUGUAGAGGCGGCGUGGGCCGGAGGAGAGCGAGGCAGACGGGUCACCGACAGGUUCCUCCCUCUGGUUCCUCAGCUGCUCUCCAGUAAAGGCCUGUUUUACCUCGUCACCAUCGCCGAGAACAAGCCAGAGGAGAUUAUCAGUUUAAUGAGCCAGUUUGGGCUGGAAGGAGAGACCCGCCUGUCAACCAGAGCUGGGAAGGAGAGGUUGUCGGUCCUGCGUUUCCAUAGAAACCAGCAGAGGUGACGGACUAUGUUUCCAUCUGGUCCCAGUUGCACCGCUCCACUGGCCACCAGCUCCAGAGCUUUAGGGAACGCUUUGUGCUCAGCCUCCCUGAU